AUUCCGCUCAUCACAAUCAUUUCCUGUGGCAGAAAUAAAAUCAAGAUAAACAACUUAUCUCCCCCUCUCUCCACAAUCACACACCCUCCCUCCACUCCAAACAUUCCUCAUACUAUCAAACGCUUUCAAGUUUUGAAGAUUUCUUCUAAGCACAGUCAUGGCAAACAUGGUAAUGUGCUCUUCCAAAACCCUAAUCACCUCCUCCUCCCUCCCCAACUCCCCCAAAAUCUCUCUCCCCAAACUCUCUCUCCCAAAUCUCUCUCUCCCCAAACUCUCUCUCCCGAAUCUCUCUCUCCCCAAACUCUCUCUCCCAAAUCUCUCCCUCUCCUCCACCGCCGCCCUCCUCGCCGUCACUCUCUCCUCUCCCCCUCCUCUCCUCGCCGAAGAAUUCGAGAAGGCGCAGCUCUUCGACUUCGACCUCACUCUCCCCAUCAUGAUGGCUCAGUUCCUCGCCCUCACCUUCGCUCUGGACAAGGUCUACUACUCUCCCCUCGGCAACUUCAUGGACGCCAGAGACAAGGAAAUCAAGGAGAUGCUGAGCAGCGUCAAGGACACCUCCACGGAGGUCAAGGAGCUGGAGGAGCAGGCCGCCGCCGUCAUGAGAGCUGCCAGAGCCGAGAUUUCCGCCGCUCUGAAUCAGAUGAAGAAGGAGACUGCUAUUGAAGUUGAUAAGCAAAUUGCGGAAGGGAGGAAGAAGGUUGAAGCCGAGUUACAGGAGGCGUUGGCCGCUUUGGAGAAGUCCAAAGCAGAGACUAUCAAGUCUCUUGAUUCGCAGAUUGCACAGCUCAGCGAUGAGAUUGUUAAGAAGGUUCUUCCUACUGCUUGAGCUUCACUUGUUUCGUAAUAAUGUGCUUGUUAAUGUUUCGUUAUUCAAGGAAAUAUACACUAUAUGUAUAAUUGUUGAUAAGAUAUAUGUACUGAUUUCAGUUUUGCCUCUUUAUUAGAAUUCACUUUACAA